UAUCUCGACCUGCCGAGCUGCUGAGAAGCUAGAAAGAAAUCUCGGAUAGAAAAUGCGAAUUUUAUCGAUGUUUUUUAAACAUUUCAACGUGGAAUAUCUCAUGACUCGAUAGUGUAUCUACUGUUCCAUAGUGUUUUCUGGUUUUCUACAAUCAGUUGUCCGUAAAUUGAGUGAUAUAUUGUAAGAAAUACAAGGUGGUUUGAAACCCAGCUGCUAAGCUGAUUGUGCAGGGAAAUUGGAGAGCGGAAAUAUCCACUGCAGCAGCUGAGCUGCACUAUACACUACUGUACAUGUACUGGAGUACUGCUGGUACCUGGAGAACUACUAAUCUAAAUUGAUCUGCUGAAAACUGUGCAAGGUAAUAAAGUAAAGAUAUUGCUGUAUUUGCUGAAAAGGACUAAUUACAGAAUCAGCUGGAAGCUAGGAGAGCCCCAUUCACAUCAUUAUUGGCAAACUUUGCUGAAGUGUAAGCUAGAGUGAAGAGUUUCAAUGUGAGGGCUGGACCACCUAGUGCACUGUCAGAGGAAGUGGAGAACAUUUCAACCAUGGAGAUGUAUAACGACUACGGUCAGCCAGACAUUUUUAGCAACUUGACUAAUCCUGAACAUGCCCUCCAGUCUCCGAAUGCCCUUCUGCUCUCGGCUUCACAGAAUAUCUUUAUGUAUGAGCAGGAUAAUUACAACCCAUCCAGUACUAAACAGGAGCCGGCCCCGGCUAAACCCGCCUGUUUGAGCCUCAGUGACAAUGUCUUUGAGUUCCCCAACCCGGAGGAGAUGGCCCAGCUGGGAUGUAGUCCAGUGGUGGACGAUUGCUGGCCUGAGACGCCCCUCCUGGCAGGGUCCCUUGAUGGCUCCCUCAACGAUAGCGGCUUGUGCUUCAGCUGGGAUUUGAGCGAUGACGACCAGGAAGGGGUUUUCCCGAUUGAAGCCAGUCCGUUCUGUUCUGCACCGACCCUGGCAGAACUGAACCUUGAGGAUUCACAGUCUGUUGAUAAUGACAUGGCUGUAAAGAGGAAGGCAGAGGACCUGUCUGUCCAGUCUUCUUCAGCCACGAUGCCAUUGGGCAAGCAGGAGAUGUCGUUGUCACCGCAGAGCUGGAAACGGGUCAAGACAGAGGCUGUGGAGUUAGCCAGUGUAGAAAAGAGGACCAAGACAUCUGAUGGACUUAAAACGAGUAGCCCAAGACCAGGCUUGUCCAGGAAAUCCUCCAAAACAAAGACAUCGAGACCUCUCAUGCCAAAGAAUGGCAGAACACAUAAUGAGACCUCCAAAGUUCCUGCAGAUGCAAAGAAGUCUGUUUUGUCUCUCAGGAAAGUGCAUCCCUCCAAGAUAGAUUUCACAGAGUUAUUCUGGAAGCGCUACAGGAGCAGAGAAACGAUUCCGUCCCCCACCAAAGAGAUGUCUCGCAGUGAACUGUUAGCCAGGACUCCUAACCCAUUUGGCAACAGGAGAUUCCUUGGAAGGAAUGCAAAUCUGAAAGCCAAAACCCAGCACCACCCACCAACCGCCAAGUUGGCCCAGACCCCUAAAUCAGUUGCAAGGACAGUCAAGUCCAGGACAAAUCACAAGGUCAGGACUAAGAAACUUAGUGCAGUGGUCCAAAAGAAGACCAGGAACAUGAUGUCGUUGCCCUCUCUCACUUCAGACGAUUCGAGCCAGGACAGUCUCUGGAAGGAUCUGAAGGUAUUCAUGUAUGGUGAUCACGACAUCAAGAGGAAUAAGAAGAAAGAUAUCCCUCACAGGACUCUAAGUCUGCCUGAACCUGAUAUGAAAUCAGAAUCGAGUAAAUCACCUCGGACCAACAUGAGCAGUGAUCCAGGCUUUGAUUCUCAUGACGAGGGUCUGGGCAGUGAAAACGAAGACCAUGAUGACUUUGGGAGCGAUGAUUCCGAUGACGACGAUGAUGAUGACAUCCCUGAUGAUGGCAGUGAUAUCUCGGAUGACCCUGGGUUACCAUCAACGAGCACGAAGCACUCCUCUGGUUCCUUGGCCACCAGACGAAGACGGGUCAAGACGCGACGCAGCGAGUACGACGACUUCACCCCGAACCCUCGUAAGCUCCUGAACAUUGGCCACGAGCUCAACAAGCUGAACCUGACGAUCAGCUCGCUGUGUCCCGGUAACGAGGCAUCCAACGAUGAGAAGAACCAGACGAGAAGGGAGAAGAACAAGUUGGCAUCAAGGGCAUGCAGGCUGAAGAAGAAGGCACAGCACGAGGCGAACAAGGUCAAACAUUGGGGACUCAUUGAGGAAGCAAAGCAAUUGAAGCUUGUUCUAGGGAGCAUGAGGAAAGAGAUGACUGGUCGUCUAGAGAGACCCAAGGCAUCAUGGGAUUUCAGCCUUGGAGCAAAGCUGGAUCAUCUCAUCAAGAAUUCACUUGGUCACAUGGUGUCCGGGCAUACAUCCGAGUUUGUGAACUCCGUCUUGGAGAAGACCGCCAAGGGAAUCCCACUCUCACAUUUGAAGCCAAAGGUCACCUGAACCUUGAUCUGAACUUUGACCCCUCUCCCUCUUGGAGAAGACGGCCAAGGGAAUUCCACUCUCACAUCUGAAGCCAAAGGUCACCUGAACCUUGACCUGAAUUUUGACCCCUCUCCCUCUUGGAGAAGAUGGCCAAGGGAAUCCCACUCUCACAUCUGAAACCAAAGGUCACCUUGACCUGAACUUUGACCCCUCUCCGUCUUGGAGAAGACGGCCAAGGGAAUCCCACUCUCACAUCUGAAGCCAAAGGUCACCUGAACCUUGACCUGAACUUUGACCCCUGGACCCUUUCUGUACUUCUUCUGAUCAAUUUCUUUGUUAUGUUUGAUGAGUGGAGCAGCAGAAAUGUUUGUUGUAAAAUGUGAACAGAAGCUAAAUUUUUCAACCCAAACAGGAGAAAUGGUCUCUAAUAUUCAUGUUUGUUCCUGAUCAAGAGUUUGUCAAUAUCUUAUCCCAUUUUUUUCAGUAUCCCUGAAAGCAUAGUUUAGAUGUUCGCUAUAAUUCUUCGUGUAAGAAACGUGCUACUGUUAUAUUUGUUUCUUACAAGUUGAGAAAUAUUUAUUGGCUGUAAGAUACGUCCCUUUGUGUAUAUCCUGUAGUACUUGUGAAAUAAAAAAACAAUACACUAGAAAGUACACAUAAUAUCAGAUGGAGAUUGUAAUGAUCACAUACAGAAAAGAUUUAAAUCAAACAUGAUUACUCAGUGAUGUGUCCAACAUUUUCAGAGGACUUUUCAGCUUAACAUAAUGUACAAGUACUACAGAAUUACAUGUUUUGUUCUGAUAUUUUCCAUUGGAAAUCUUGUUAGAGAUUGUGUGCUUUUUGUACAUGACAGAUGCCUGCCAUAUUCAGAAGGCAUGUCACUUUGAUUUUUAAUAAGAUUAACCAUAAAUUAGUUGUUUUUGUCUAAUUAUUGCAGAGUGUUGUUUUCCCAAGCCUGUGCCCCUGCAGUAAUGAUUUGACUUUUGAUAGAAAAGACAUGCCUACAGUGUACUGUGAAAUGGCGUGUGAAGCAAACGACUAAUGUUUGUGUUUAAUUAUGGCAAAGUGCUGUUUUUUUUAAGUCUGUCACCUUUCGUUCACUAUGUGACUAGUAGAAAGGACAUGCCUGUAGUGCAUUUUAGGAUGGCUAUAGGAUCAUGUAAGGGGAAGAAACAUGAGCCAUGUGUAUAGUGUUUCUUAUCCCUUCUGAAAUCAAGCUGGGCUGUCGAGUGUACUAUUUAUAC